UACCAUCGCCAUUUAAGGCGUCCGCUCUAACCAUCAUGAUCAUUCUCAUCGUCUUGGGUAACAUCUUCAACAUCUGUGUUCUUCUCUACAACAAUAAUCUAAGGAACGUCACUGGCAGCUUUAUGGUGGCUCUGGCGUGUGCAGAUCUGAGCCUAGGUCUCUUCGGACUUCCCUUUAUGGUCAGACCUGCUCUUGAAGGAAGAUGGGUGUACACCAAGUCAGCUUGUGACUUCUGUGGAUUCAUCAGUACAACUCUUAUCAUAACAUCAGUACUGCUGCUCUUUGACCUGAGUGUGGACAGGUACAUUUGGAUAGCCAAACCUGUAAAGCAUUACAAAAUCAUGACGGGGAAAAGGUGCGCAGCUAUGAUCGCAUCGUCUUGGCUAGUAGCGGCCGUGUACUCUGCAACACCAUUCUUUGGGUGGGGCUCCUUUGUUUACAACUACAAGAUGUCGACAUGCACGCUGGGAAUUUUUACAGACAUUUAUUUUGGAACCGCAUUUUUUGCCAUCUCGCUCCCUCCGAUAUUUGCGAUGUGUUUCCUGAAUCUUAAGAUACUUCGAAUCGCCAGACGGCAAACGCGAACCAUACGACACGCUAGCCAGAUUCCGCGUACGUCAGAAGCAUUUCCGGUGACGUCAUUCAAACCCGCAAUGACUGUCGGGAUUGUUGUUACGACUUGCGUGGUGUCCUUGCUACCGUUAAUUGUCUCUUACACUUACUCAAUGUUUUCGAAUAAUGACUUACCCUCUGACUUAGUGUUUGCGUUUACAUUUCUUCUGAUAUCGAACAGCUUUUGGAAUUGCAUCAUAUAUUCUGCUACAAACACAACCUUUAGACAAGGCGCAAAGAAAUUUGUUCUUAGGGUGAAGAAAAUACUUCUUGAUCUUGUUUCAGAGUGUGACAGGUAGCUUUUGUGUUUGUAUAUUUUUGUGAGCAAAGACGUACGCAAAUAUGUCACUACCGGUCGUGCACAGUUUCAUAAGGUCCGUCGGUCUCA